AUGUCAGACGUAGUUUUGCCCGAAGAAAUUCAAUUUUUUGUUCAAAGUUUGCGAGAAUUUCCUGUGAGAGAUUUGGGAACAAAAACAUGGCUCGAACAUCACGAACGCCUUACAAAACUCAGCCAACAAGCAAUUCUCGAAGCUACCCAACAUCGCGAAGAAACCGUCAAAGAUUUGAUGAUUUUAGAAGGAAAACUUUCGCUUUUAGUACAUUCCGCCUUCACAAUUCUCGUGUGGCGUCAAAAAAUUUUAUCAAAACUUCUCGAAGAAACUCCCAAUCCGAGCGUUACUUUUCUCAUCUACACCGUUUUAUAUCACGAAGUUGUCGCCAUUUCAUUUCUCGAGACACUUUUGUAUCACGAAAACAGCUGCGAGUCAUUGGGCGAUGCUUCCUUGGACCUCAUUGACUAUUGUAUGAACGCUUGCACGCAGUUAAUUGGUCUCAUCAACUCCGGUUAUCACGACUCUGAGGAAAUUGAAGCGCAAAAAGACCUCGAAACCCGAAAGGAACUUCAAGGUCAAAUCAAGGACAUGACAUUUCACAUUGGAAUGAAGGCAAUUACGAUCCUCGCGUACAUCGUGGAUCACUUGGAGACCCUUCCAUUGGGCGCCGUGACACGUUUAGUGAAAAUUCACGACACUCCGUGCAUUUUGAGUGAAAUUUUGCAAGUUCGUCCUUGGAUGCGACGCAGAAAAAAGGGUUUCGAAAAAUAUAUUGACGAGAAAUGGAAACGAGUUUCGGGAGAUUUGAUCCUGAAAGUCGUAAAACCCGAAGCCCAAACCUGGUUUUGCUUAAGGCAACUUCUUUUUAACGCCGAUGCUUGCAAAAAUUACUCGAUAAACGACUUUCGACAACGAGAAUUGGCGAAAUUGAGUGGUUUGUUGAACGAAACUAUCUUGGAUCAGGUUCCUCCGCUCGCGGAUUUGAAGCAAUGUCUCUGUACGCUUCAAAUUUCCGGCUUUAACGAGUCAACAAAAGCUAAUUUAAUACUCGAAGAGGUCCCAAUGAUCAAAGAAAACAUCCUCGAAGCAGCUCGAACGACAGGAUGGAAGAAAAUUCUUCAAGAACACAAAAAAUUAUUCAUUGAAAUCGACCAAUCGGAGGUCACGGAACUCGCAAAAGCCUUAAAUCAGUCUUAUAAUUUGGAUUUUUAUGCGGAAAUUGAGAAGCCUGAUGAGAAUUUGUGCAAUUCUUGUAUGAAAGAGGCGCAAAAAAAGUGUGGAAGAUGCCAAAAAGUGUAUUAUUGCUCCGUUGAGUGUCAAAAAUUGGAUUGGAAAGUGCAUCGGAAGGGAUGUGCUUGA